UUGUUACAUUUGAUAAAUUAAUACAGUUAAAUAAAUUUUGUUUAAUUUUUGCCAUACCAUGAAUGUGAGCAAUGAGUCAAGUCAAGGAGAAAUCCAACCACGUCCUCUUGUAGCACCUCCAAACUAUCCAAAGCGAUUGCCUGAAUUUAAAGUUGGUCCGGUGGUUAAUGAUUUGGGCUUUACAUUAAGUGAACGAUUGGCUCUUAAGCAGGCAUGGAAUCAAAUUAAGCCCAAAGAACGCCGUCUUGGUCAAGAAGUCUUCUACAGAUUUCUCAAUGAACAUUAUUUUGCUAUGUAUACAUUUCAGUCGAAUGAAAAACUAGAUCUUCAUAGUCUGCACAGUCAUGCUCGGAAUUUUGUGCAUUUUAUUGGCGAUCUGAUAAAUGAAUCUGAUCCAACAAUGUUUCAAUUCAUGGUUCAUGAUAUCAAUCAAAUACACAAUUGCAGGCAUGUCCCGAAACACUACAUUGAGAUGCUGCUCCAAGCUCUAACAGACGCAAUACUCAAAGACCUCCAUAAGAUGACUUGUCCAACAUUGGAGAACGGUUUAAAGCGUUUGGUAGAUAAAUUCAAAAAUUAUAUGAACGAAAGUGAUUGCAAUGCCAAAUCUACUGUGUCCUAUAAAAGACAAAUGAAAAGAGACAGACAACCCAUGGCCAAACAAGCAGAUCAAAUUUGAUUCUUCACUAGUAAAAUAUAACGUAUACGCACUGAGUGAACUCAAUUGACAUCGACGUGAAAAACGCUUCCCGAAUCGCUGAUCUAUAAGCAUAAUUCCAAAGUUGUCCAGUUGGCUUUGUCAUGCAAACCUCAUCGAAUUUAUAUAUCGCGUUGCUGCCAACGUCGGCGUCGCUGCGACUUCAACUGUUCAUAUCAGUUGGCGUUGGUCGCCGACGUCGCAAUAACUAUGUAUAUACAAACGUUGAUUUUGUUUAGCUGCUCAACGUUUUUCCUUCGGAGACAUUCAGUUUUAAUCGGACGCUCAACGCGCCCAUCCGCACGUUUCGAUAGUUAAAAAAAAAAUAUUCUGAAAUCGUUUGGCAUAAGGCGUAACUAACAGAAAUCUAUGUGCAGAUUAGCAUUUUAACUUUUGUCCAGUGAUCUCUCACUUUGUGAACAAUAAACCAAAUUAUAAUUGGCCUAUCUAUUGUGUUAACUAUUAUAUAUUUUCGUUGAAUUAUGGUGGCCGGCGAGGACAUUAAAAAGACUGUAAGUCAAGAAGAUGGCGAUCCCACGUCUCACAAUCCAAUGCUCUAUGAUCCUCUGCAGGAUGGUGUGGUAAAGACCUCAAAAACUCGUCAAUAUGUGGCAGCUCUUGUUGUUUGCUUGGGAGCUGUUGCUGCUGGCACUGCUUUGGCCUGGACAAGUCCUGUUUUGCCUCAAUUGAGUGCCGUUGUCAAUGCCACGACGGGAAAUUCCACAAUAGCUGGCAAUUCCACCGCAACAAUUAUAAACAAUUCCACUACUUCUACCAACGAUGGAGGAAUACAACUAACAGCCGCAGAACAGACCUGGGUCAGUUCCCUAUUGGCUAUUGGUGCCUUUUUGGGAGCUCUACCCACAGGUUAUAUUGCCGAUGCCAUUGGACGACGUUACACGGCCAUGGCCAUGGAUGUGCCUUUCAUUUUGGCCUGGCUGUCGAUUAUAUUUGCCCAAUCCGUUGGUUGGCUAUACUUGGGACGUUUCUUGAUUGGUAUCGCCACGGGUAGCUUUUGUGUGGUGGCUCCCAUGUACAUCUCAGAGAUUGCCGAGACAAGUAUUCGCGGCACAUUGGGCACUCUGUUUCAGCUAUUGCUCACUAUUGGCAUAUUGUUUGUCUAUGCGGUUGGUUCAAUGGUAUCAUGGACCACUCUAAGCACACUUUGUCUAAUUGUGCCCAUUCUGUUGCUGGUGGGCAUGUUCUUCUUGCCCGAAACGCCCGUGUACCUGCUGAAGAAGGGCCGACGUGCUGAUGCUGCUCUCUCGUUGAAAUGGCUGUGGGGUCGUUUCUGUGACUCACGCAGUGCGAUACAAAUAAUACAAAAUGAUUUGGAUCAAGCUGGUGCCGAUGCCUCAUUCUUGGAUCUCUUCAGUAAUCGUGGUUCUCUCAAAGGCUUGAUAAUCUCCAUGUUGCUGAUGCUUUUCCAACAAUUUUCUGGCAUCAAUGCGGUGAUAUUCUAUACUGUGCAAAUUUUCGAUUCGGCUGGCAGCACUCUCGAUGCCUCUAGUUGUUCGAUUGUUGUUGGCGUCGUCCAAGUGAUAAUGACUCUGACUUCAUCGCUGUUGAUCGAGCGUGCCGGACGCAAGAUUCUGUUGCUCUUCAGCAGUACUGUUAUGACCAUUUGCCUGGCCAUUUUGGGUGCCUAUUUCAAUAUCAAAGAUGGCGGCAAGGAUGUUUCAGCCAUUGGCUGGCUACCUUUACUCUGUGUCGUCCUCUAUAUAGUCACUUUCUCGGUUGGCUAUGGCCCCAUUCCAUGGCUAAUGAUGGGUGAACUCUUUCUGCCCGAUGUCAAGGCCACAGCUGUCUCCCUCACCGUCAUGUUCAACUGGCUGUGUGUGUUUUUGGUAACGAAAUCAUUUGGCACCAUGAACGAUUCAUUGGGAUCGGAUGUCACCUUUUGGUUCUUUGCCGUUUGCAUGGCUCUGGCCACCAUAUUUGUGGCAUUGGCCGUGCAGGAGACAAAGGGCAAGAGUGCCAGUCAGAUACAAAGCUGGCUGAGUGGUCGUCAAUAAAGAUAACCACCACACAUUAUGAAAAGUGGGGGCGGGAUCAGUUGGAUGGCUUACAACAAAUGACAUUGUACUCGUAUGUAAAUAAGCAGCCUAUACCAAAAAGAACACACACACACACAAUUACUUGCCGAAUGUAUCUAUACCCUCCCUUCAAACUGAUUAACUCUUUGUAGAAGAGUAUAGAACUGUAGCAUCAAAUAUUUAAGCACCCUAAUUAUUUUGACUUUGAUCAAGACCUUAAGAGUGUACUAUAUAGUUCAAUUAGUUUUUAAGCAUUACUCCCAAUUGUAUCCUUGUGUCUAUUUUCAUUUUCGUAAGUUGCCAAAGACAUGUAUUUUAAUAUUUGUGUAUAAUUUGUAUGUGUAAUUGUAUAUUUGAUAAUAAACACUAAACUGUACAGUUA